AUGUCAGGAGAUCGAAUAACUCCGUCAUUCGAUGGAAAAAUCAUAUUUUUAACCGGUGGUAGUGGAUUUUUGGGCAAAGUCAUCAUCGAAAAGUUUUUGAGAUGUAUGCCGAAUUUGGGUGGCAUUUGGCUGCUUGUACGGACAAAAAAGGGAAUUGAUCCACAAGAACGACUUCCAGUGAUUUUUCAAAAUGUCAUUUUUGACUCUGUCAAAAAGGAACGUGGCUUGGAUUAUAUGAUGAAAAAAGUUCGUGCGAUACCUGGAGAUUGUUCAUUAUUGGAACUAGGAAUGUCCAAGGAGGAUCGUGAGCUCGUCGCCAAUAACGUAAAUAUCAUCUAUCAUUGUGCUGCGACGAUUCGUUUUGAUGAGCCCUUGAAGCGAGCUGCUCUUCUGAAUACUCGAGGCACUAAAUUGAUGAUCGACCUGGCAAAAGAGUGCAAAAAAUUAGAAUUUUUCGGUUACAUGGGAACGGCUUAUUGUCACCUGAAUGAGAAAUUGUUGCUGGAAAAGGAGUAUCCGCCACCAACUGACCCGUAUAAAGUUAUUUCCGCCUGUGAAUGGUUAGAUGACGACGUCAUUGACAGCAUCACACCAAAGAUUUUGGGUGAUAUUCCGAACACGUAUGCCUUUACGAAGGCAUUGUCGGAGUCAUUGGUCAUGGAAUCGAUGAAAGACAUCCCGAGUGUCGUUUAUCGGCCAUCAAUUAUCAUUCCAUGUUGGAACGAACCGAUUCCCGGAUGGACAGAUAACAUUAAUGGACCUACUGGAUUGUUAAUUGGAGCUGGAAAAGGUGUUAUUCGAACGAUGUAUUGCAAACAAGAUGGAUACGGUGACUUUUUACCGGUAGAUUUGGCAGUUAAUGGCAUCAUUACGAGUACUUGGAACUUUAUCGGCAACAAAGACCACUCGAAACGCAUCUGGCACAUGGUUAGUUCAGCAGAAAUUAAAUUAUCAUGGCAGGAAAUUGUUGAUUUGGGACGUUGGAUUGUCAAAAACAAACUUCCACUGAACGGAGUGCUUUGGUAUCCCGGUGGCUCGAUGAAAAGCUCCCGAUUACAUCACAAUAUCGCGUGUUUCUUGUAUCAUUGGGUGCCUGCGUACAUUAUCGAUGCCCUUCUCUUCGUCUUGGGAUAUCCUCCAGUCUUGAAACGCGUCCAAACCCGCAUCCAGAACGGUUUUGAGGUCUUCGAGUAUUACACGAACCACGUUUGGGACUUUGACAAUAAAAAUGUCCUUUAUUUGAGAGCCAAGUUGACCGAGGAAGAGACUGCCAAAUACAAAAUUGAUGGUCAUAACGUCGAUAUACAGGAAUAUUUCUUAAAUUGCGUGCGGGCGGCGCGUUUAUUCAUCUUGAAAGAAACAGACGACACAAUUCCAGCGGCACGGAGACACAUGAAAAUCAUGUGGUUCGUCGACAAGUUUUGCAAGACAACUUUCAUGCUGUUGAUGAUUUACUUCGUCGGAGGAUGGAUCAUGCGAAUGUUGUUUGGAUACUCGUGGAACGAUUAAUGACGUAACUACGGUGACAAACUUGGCGG